AUGAAGAGUGAGCUGAAUAGGAACUUUACAGAGUUUAUUCUUCUGGGAUUCAGGACAUCUCCGGAAAUACAGAUUCUUUUAUUUUCACUGUUCUUGCUUAUCUACAUGGUCAUUGUGGUAGGAAAUGUCAGCAUGAUAAUUGUCAUCACACUGGACUCCAAACUUCAUACACCUAUGUAUUUCUUCCUCAGAAAUUUGUCCUAUUUAGACCUGUGUUACUCCACAGUCAUUGCUCCCAAAACGCUGGCCAAUUUCUUGUCCAAGGACAAGAGGAUUUCUUACAAUGGCUGUGCAACACAAUUCUUUUUCUUUGCUCUCUUUGUCGGGACUGAGGGCUUUCUUCUGGCUGUGAUGGCUUACGACCGCUUCUCAGCCAUUUGUUCACCUUUCCUCUAUACCGUACGUAUGUCUCAGGAGGCUUGUGUUCGUCUGGUGGCCGGCUCUUACAUCUGUGGAGGCAUCAAUUCAAUGAUUCAAACGGGUUUCACCUUCAGUUUGCGUUUCUGUGGUGAAAACAGACUGGAUCACUUUUUUUGUGAUGUCCCCGCCCUGAUCAAGAUCUCAUGUGUGGACACCUUUGUGAAUGAAAUUGUACUCUUUAUCCUCUCUGCUUCCAUUAUCGUUGCUACCACAAUGACCAUUCUAGUUUCCUAUGCUUACAUCCUCUCCACUGUCCUGAAGAUCCCUUCCACUCACGGUAGAAGGAAGACCUUCUCCACGUGUACCUCUCACAUUACUGUGGUGAGUUUAUUCUAUGGGACUGUGUUCUUCAUGUAUGCCCAACCUGGAGCCAUCUCCUCACCAGAGAAAAGCAAGAUUAUAGCAGUAUUCUAUACUCUUAUCAUCCCUAUGCUAAACCCUCUGAUUUACAGUCUACGAAACAGAGAGGUGAAAAAUGCUGUGAAAAGGAUAUUGUUCAGAAAAAUAUUUUUUAACUGA